CACAAUUUUAGCAAUGAACGAGUAUGAAGAAGCCAAGCAAGAGAUUCGGAACGAGACCGUUACUUAUGUCUUCAAGCGCUUAGCAGAUAAAGAAACCGGGUUGAUUACCAGAGAUGCACUGAAAUAUGCCCUCUUCUCCUAUUCUACUGAGCAAUCCAAGUUGGAUCACAACGAUGAAAAAUUACUCGAUGAAAUGAUGCAAUUCAUUCAAGCUCCUGCUAAAGCUAUGAGAGCCAAGCAACUUAGAGAAGAGGACAAAGAGGACGAACAUAAUGAUGAAGAGGAUAGCGAAGGCGAAUCUGAAGAAAGUGAAGAAGAAGUCGACGGAAUUGAUCUUGAGCACUUCACCAAAAUAUUCAACAACUUCAAGUUCAAGCUUAAUGCUGAUGGGAAUAUUAUAUAAAGUAUCAUUUUCUUCAAUUUACUGCGGGAAAUGU